UGUGUGGUAUUUGAGAGUGUUUUCAUGUGGGGAGAGCUCCCUGCUUACUGCCAGCCUUGUUACAAGGCAGAGGGAGGGAGUGAGUGUGCGUGUGUGUCUGUGUUUGUCAGAGAGGAGAUGCUUAAAGUAGGGGCCCUGGAUGAGGUCCAGUUGCCUGGAGUUGGAGUCCUCCUGCUACCAGUAACCAACUCGAUGACGACCGGAGACAAGUAAUUUCAUCUCUAUCUCGGCUUCCUGGCUGUAAAAUGGAGAUAACAUUUCUGCCUUCCUCAUUGGCUUGUUGAGAGUUUUAAAUGUUAUUGUAUGCAAAGCACUCGGGACAGUGACUGGCACAAAGUUCUCAGGAAGCAUUAGCUACUGUUAUUACAAUAUUUAUGUAUACUAUUGAAAACAUUCAUGCAAUGAGCAUUUACUGAACUCUUUGAUGAGCCAGGCCAGUGGAUCACAUAGACAUGUAAAAGUAACAUGCAUUUAUUACUUUACACUAUUAUUUUUUUUUUUUCCCAAGUAGAGCUGACUGGCACCAGGUAUGCCAUUGGUAAGGGCAGUGCUGGCCUCCCAGGAAACUUUGUUGUUAGCAAUUGGUCUGACAAAACAACCCCCAGAGCUGGUCUAAUUCUGGAGUCUUAGGAUUUUGGUUCUAUCAGUAGGUGCAAAGCCCUGAGCUUUCAAGGAGAGGGUGAAUAUAGAUCCCUCCAGGGUGUCUGGAAGGAGGUGUGGCUGUUUCUUAUGUAAAAGAGUGAAAGUCCAGCGUCCAGUGCCUCACUUCGGCCCUAAACACCACCAUACAAUAAUGAUGCACUUGUUUUCACUCGCUGGCCUAGCAAAUGAUUUGUUUUCAAGAUGCUAAAGGGGAAAAAAAAAAACAAAAAAAACACGAUAUGACUUGAGAGCAGAAUUUCUGCUAUCCCCAAAAGCUGGCCCCUCAAUGAUCAAGCUUCACCUUAAGACUCCAGAAGGUCUCUGAUUGUAUAUUGGGGGGCUCCUGCCUAGCCCUGCCUUUUCCAGUCCCCCUAGGGACUUUGUUGUGCUCUUCAGGCUUUUGUGCAUUGCCUCUGGGACAAGAUUAUGGGCCCCACUGAGAUGCCGGACUCAGUGGCUUAGCUGUAACCAGGAGCCAAAGGCCUUAGGUUUCCAAUCUCCAUUCCCAGUGCAAACUCAAGUCACUGGUUUCUGUUCCCAGAGUAUAAUGUAAGCAGUAAAGGUGAUGGCAGUGUUACGGAUGUCCAGUGUGACACGUCUACCACGUGGUCAGGUUGGCGGGUCCAGCUCAUGAGGACAGGAAGGAGGAAUAUGUAUGUGGGCAUCUUUAUUUCCAUGAGUCACUUGUUCAUUCAACAAAUUCACGUUAUGUAAUGCUGCCUCCAGGGUGUUGUGCUAGGGCAGAUGAGGGAUGAGUCCUGCACGGUCUUGCCCUUAAGGAUUCUCCAGUCUAGUAUAAUAAUAUCCAAAAAAAAAAAAAAAACCCACACAGCUAAAGUACAGGAAUACAGUGAUAUGUUCUGUAAGAGAAAGAGAAGCAAAGAGGUAUCUGACUAUGAGUUUGAGCCCCAAGUUAUUGGAGGGAUUUGCCUAACCAUACCCGAAAUAUCCCUGUAUAUUUGCCUUAUUAGGAACAAAGGGCUUUUUUCUCUUGAUCGAAUCCCAUUUAGAGGUUAAGUUCGUGUGACCAGAAUAUUAGGUGCUAUUCUGUUCUAAAUUUGUAAUUCUCAGAAUCUGCCGGGGGAGGACAUGUACUUCUCUGGGUUCUGAAAACAGCUCAAAGAAUGGAGAAAAUAGACCCAGUUUGGAGAUGACUUCUCGUUGGUUCCUGGAACUUUUUGCCUUUAUUUAAAAACAGCAUGUUCAAUGCAAGUUCUCUCUAUCAAAAAGGCCUUUGGGAUUUGAAAGCUUUUCUGGAAAUAAAUGCCUGUUAGGGUCUAAGUGCUUUUCCACCAGAAUGCUAGGAAGGGAAGAUCAUAGUCACAAAGUCUUAGAACAGAGGCAGAUAUUGUUUUGUUUUCUUUUAGUGAAAAUGCCUCAGACCUGCUCCCCAAGUUCUGUUCGUUUCUGUCAGCUUUUUGCUGGACUUUUGUUUUGAUAAGGGACACGAAAGUACAUCCUUCCCUCUCGGUCAUUAAAGUCUUAGCACUUGGGUCAGUUGUGGAAACACUUCUGUGCUACACAAAGUCUUCUAAACAAAACAGUCCACGCCCUGGCUCCGGGCUGGGGACCGUGUCAGAUUCAUGGAACGUGUGGCACCGUGCUCAGGCAGGGGAGCAAGGGGUCAGAAUGCACAAAACAGGCAGGAUGAAAUCACCAACCCCGUGCCGUGCCCUGCAGGGAGGUGGGGAGAGCAAGAGCCCUCCCUGCCUGUCUGGCAACUCGCACAGUCCUGGGGCUCACCCCACGCACUCGGUGCUAGUCACUGCUGUGUGUUUACAUGAGUAAUGGAGCUGCCGGGGGAGGGGAGUUGUAAGCAGAGCGCCCAGCCUCUCAGCCCGCAUUCGGAGGGACGCUGACAGCCGCACCGAGUCGGGACUUCCAGGGAUGUGGCCGGGCAGCAGUCACAUGCCGUAGCUUUCAUGAGCACAGACAUCAAUCAGGCAGAUGUUUGUCGACUGGAAUGGCGCCAAAUCUUAAAGGCAGACCACGCAAAAAGAAACCAUGCCCACAAAGAAGAGAUUCAUUCAGUGGUGUUAAGGAUUCCAACAAUAAUUCUGAUGGCAAAGCCGUUGUCAAGGUGAAAUGUGAGGCCAGGUCAGCCUUGGCCAAGCCGAAGAAUAACCAUAGUAACUGUAAAAAAGUCUCCAAUGAAGAAAAACCAAAGCUUGCGAUUGGUGAGGAGUGCAGGGCAGAUGAGCAGGCCUUCUUGGUGGCACUUUAUAAAUACAUGAAAGAAAGGAAAACGCCGAUAGAACGAAUACCCUAUUUAGGUUUUAAACAGAUUAACCUUUGGACUAUGUUUCAAGCUGCUCAAAAACUGGGAGGAUAUGAAACAAUAACAGCCCGCCGUCAAUGGAAACAUAUUUAUGAUGAAUUAGGCGGUAAUCCUGGGAGCACCAGCGCCGCCACUUGUACCCGCAGACAUUAUGAAAGAUUAAUCCUACCAUAUGAAAGGUUUAUUAAAGGAGAGGAAGACAAGCCCCUUCCUCCAAUCAAACCUCGGAAACAGGAGAACAGUUCACAGGAAAAUGAGAACAAAACAAAAGUAUCAGGAACCAAACGCAUCAAACAUGAAAUGCCUAAGAGCAAGAAAGAAAAAGAGAAUGCCCCAAAGCCCCAGGAUGCAUCAGAGGUUUCAUCAGAGCAAGAGAAAGAACAAGAGGCUUUAAGCCAGAAAAGCAUCCCUGAGCCUCUCCCAGCUGCAGACAUCAAGAAAAAAAUGGAAGGGUACCAGGAUUUUGCAGUGAGGCCCCUGGCGUCCAGAGCAGACCCAGAAAAGGACAGUGAAACAACUGACCCAGGUUCCAACAGCGAGAAGCCGGCAGAGGAGGUGGGAGAGAAGGGGCCCGCACCUCCGCCCCCAAGUGCUCCUCUGGCCUCUGAAAGGGACCCAGCUUUGGUCCCUGGGGCCGGUAAACAGUCUCUCACCUCUCCCAGCGCCCUGGUGGAUUCCAAACAAGAAUCCAAGCCCUGCUGUUUCACAGAGAGCUCUGAAAAUGACCUCCAAGAAGCGUCCUUUCCCAGCUACCCCGCCACGCAGCCACCGCUGGCCAACCAGCACGAGAUGGAGGAUGACAAACUGCCCGCCAUGGCAGAUUACAUCGCCAACUGCACCGUGAAGGUGGACCAGCUGGGCAGCGACGACAUCCACAAUGCACUAAAGCAGACCCCGAAGGUCCUUGUGGUCCAGUCAUUUGACAUGUUCAAAGACAAAGACCUGACUGGGCCCAUGAACGAAAACCAUGGACUUAACUACACACCCCUGCUCUACUCAAGGGGCAACCCAGGCAUCAUGUCCCCACUGGCCAAGAAAAAGCUUCUGUCCCAAGUGAGCGGGGCCGGCCUCUCCAGCAGCUACCCCUAUGGUUCCCCACCCCCCUUGAUCAGCAAAAAGAAACUGAUUGCCAGGGAUGACUUGUGUUCGGGCUUGUCCCAGGCCCACCACGGCCAGGGCGCUGACCACAUGGCGGUCAGCCGGCCAUCGGUGAUUCAGCACGUCCAGAGUUUCAAAAGCAAGCCCUCGGAAGACAGGAAGAGCAUCAAUGACAUUUUUAAGCACGAGAAGCUGAGUCGAUCUGAUCCCCACCGCUGCAGCUUCUCCAAGCAUCACCUUAACCCCCUUGCUGACUCCUAUGUCCUGAAGCAAGAAAUUCAGGAGGGCAAGGACAAACUGUUGGAGAAAAGGGCACUCCCCCAUUCCCACGUGCCCAGCUUCCUGGCGGACUUCUACUCGUCCCCUCAUCUCCAUAGCCUCUAUAGGCACACUGAACACCAUCUUCACAAUGAACAGACAUCCAAGUACAGAGACAUGUACAGAGAAUCGGAAAACAGCUCUUUCCCUUCCCACAAACACCAAGAAAAGCUCCAUGUAAAUUAUCUCGCGUCUCUGCAUCUGCAAGAUAAAAAGUCAGCCGCAGCAGAAGCCUCCACCGAUGACCAGCCUACGGAUCUGAGCCUCCCCAAGAACCUGCACAAACCCACCGGCAAGGUCCUGGGCCUGGCCCACUCGGCCCCAGGACCCCAGGAGAGCAAAGGAGUCUCCCAGUUCCAGGUCAUAAGCAGCCAGGGUCGAGACUGUCACCCCAAAGCCUGUCGGGUAUCGCCCAUGACCAUGUCGGCCCCUAAAAAAUACCCCGAAUCCCUUUCAAGGUCAGGAAAAUCUCACCAUGUGAGACUGGAGAAUUUCAGGAAGAUGGAAGGCAUGGUGCACCCCAUCCUGCACCGGAAAAUGAGCCCGCAGAACAUUGGCGCAGCGCGGCCAAUUAAGCGCAGCCUGGAGGAUUUGGACCUUGUGAUUGCCGGCAAAAAGGCCCGGGCCGUGUCUCCCCUGGACCCAUCCAAGGAGGUCUCUGGGAAGGAGAAGGGCUCUGAGCAGGAGAGCGAAGGCAGCAAGGCAGCGCACGGCGGGCAUCCCGGGGCCGGAUCCGAAGGCCACAAGCUUCCCCUCUCCUCCCCUAUCUUCCCAGGUCUGUAUUCCGGGAGCCUGUGUAACUCGGGCCUCAAUUCCAGGCUCCCGGCUGGGUAUUCUCAUUCUCUGCAGUACUUGAAAAACCAGACUGUGCUUUCUCCGCUCAUGCAACCCCUGGCUUUCCACUCGCUUGUGAUGCAAAGAGGAAUUUUUACGUCGCCGACAAAUUCUCAGCAGCUGUACAGACACUUGGCUGCGGCCACACCUGUAGGAAGUUCGUACGGGGACCUUUUGCACAACAGCAUUUACCCUUUAGCUGCUAUAAAUCCUCAAGCUGCCUUUCCAUCUUCCCAGCUGUCGUCUGUACACCCCAGUACGAAACUGUAGGCCCAGCAGCCCAAAGCAGGGGGCUAACAGAGCGUCACUCCUACUCUGGGGUGAUGGCUUAUAGAAUUAGAAGUCAGUAUUUCUUCUAAUCUGGGGGUACGAUCAGUCCCAGCUGUAGGGGCCGAGAGGGGAGGUGAACAUGCCUGAUUUUUCGGGGGCAACUCCAGCGUUGGUUGGCCAGUCUUGACCCCCUUCCAACACGGAUGGAUGCCCUGGCACCUCCAGAUCAUUCACUUUGCAUGUGGGCCUUGUGAAGGGAUUUGUGUAUAUCCAGGAAGAACUUAGAGGACCCCAUCUGAGUUCGAUGGUCAGGAAACAAUCUAGGCAACAAAAAAAAAAGGGGGCAGGCAUUUCAAAGGAAGGGGCAAGGAAGACUGGCAAACAUGCGCCAAGGGAUGCCCCUCUUUUCUUAAAACUCUCCAAGGUUCAAUCAAUGCAAUGUAUAGUGAACUUCAAUAGAUCUUUCAUUUUGACACUAUUAAACAAUCCAGAGAAGUAAACACUGUUCAAUUGACUGUAUAUAUUUGCUUCUUAAAACUACCAGUAUCACUGUUUGCUUACCUAAUUUAUAUACAGGUAGUUCCAUUUUCUCCCAGUUCCUCUUGUCUUUUUUUUUUUUUUUUAAUUAAACAGUAUCACAUUUGUUUGCAAGUCUUUUUUGUUUUUGGUUUUGGUUUUGGUUUUGUUUUGUUUUAAAGGCUGACUGACUGUCCUAGUUGUUGAUGUGUGUUUGUACCUUUUCCACAUCUUAUUUUGAGCAGCUUUGGGUGGUAAAGUUAUUGUUUACAAAUUGAAGCAACUGAUUUCAGUGGAACAAAUGAAAAAGAAGCAGUCGAGCACACAAUAGUGCAAAGAACGUUCCUUUGCAGAUCCGCAACUUAAGGAUUUUGUUCCUCAUAAAUGGCAUAGUUGAAAGAGCUUAUACACUGCUUACCCGGCCAAAUGCUUUGCUUUGAAGUAUUGGGUUAUGUGAAAAUAUUGAGCAUUGUACUUACCUUAUCUAGGCUGUGAAACUGUCCUACAUACCAGAGGAAUCAUAAAAACAAAAACCUCACUGGCAGCAAGCUGCCGAAUAACAACAGAGUCUAGAGGACAUAUUUGUGGGCUGCACAGAUAUUUUAGGAAUUUCAGAAAUUAGAACAGGAGCCAAAAUGAUUUACAUUGGUGUUGGCACUGAUCCCUUUAAAUGGUCUGGGAAAGGGGGUUGGGAAGAGGAUGGAGCUCAGCUAUCAGAAGAGGAGCAGCUGAAGUCCUCCUAGCUUCUCUGGGCCUCUGUCUUUUGAGUAAUGCAUAGUCACAUUGCUUUCAUCAAGUUGGUUUCUUGUCAUUCCCAAGAAGAAUCUUCCAGGCCACAUCUUUGGGGAUAAUUGGCAUACUGGAUUAGCCAUUUCAAAAGAAAGUCAUCCUCGUUGGGUUUAUGGGGCAUGAGUUUCGUGUGUAUGCACACACAUAAGGUGGUUUUUGUCUUGUUUUUAACCACCUGGCAAUACAGUAUGCUUUAUGAUUUCUUUUAUUGUUGGAAAUAAAUGAUCAAGCUGUUCAAGCAGUCAAAAGAUGUGGAGAAUGCCUAUGGUCAUUCUUGCCACUUCAUUCUUUUUGCUACCGGGAUGUAACAUCAGGGUGGAUGCAUUUUCUAAUCCUGUUAAAGGUCGAUGGAUACAGAGGUUGGAUUUUCUUCCCAAGUCCCAUCCCUGCUGAAGACUGCUUGGAUGAACUCCCCCGGCCACUUGCUCCCUCCCCCAACACUACCAGUAGACUUUAGAACCAUAGUUAUCCAAGUCUUUUACCUCUGAGAUAUUUAAUUCUAUGAAAAUCGAUGACAAUUUUCAACUUCUAAAUAGGUAACUCGACUGCAAAAUAAUCAAAAACUGAUAACAGUGAAACUGCGGCUCUUAAACAAAGCCAUGCAUGCCGUGCAUUUGUAUUGAAAUGUCUCCAUGAUAUGAAGCCAAAUAUUCAAUGUAACAUACUUAAUAUCCAAAGGUGGAAACAAAAGAAUGUAGAGAUCCAGUGUUAAGAGUUCCAUUUGCUUCAAUUAAUUAUUUACCUUCCUGUGGAAUAAUAUAUAUAUAUAUAUUUAAUAGAACCAUAGGUAGACUAGUAGAAUUUAGAUUAUAAAUGUGUGAGUGCAGAUUAUCCUGCUAUUGCACAAGAUAGAGGGGGGGAAAAAAAUCUCAAAUUCCAGCUGGCAAAAUGUUAGCCAGGACACAUAUAUAAAAGUUGCACUAGAGGGAAUGGUCACAGAAUCGCAGGAUGUGAAAGAAAAAGGAAACUCCAGUGGUUCUGCAGCAGACAUGGGCUAGAUCGUACUUGGUUUCUGUGAGUUCAUUUCUCAGAAAAAAACAAAAAACAAAAAAAACGGGAGCCAUCUGUCCCCAGUGGAGCUCACCUAUCUAUUUGUAAUAUGGGGCAUUUGUUUUCCCCACUGCAAAGAUUUCAGUUGUGGUUUCAUCAUGUUGGAAUUUGAUCACACCACUUUCAAACAAUGUUAACAUAGUCCAGCUUUUGUUUUUCUCACGUCUUCCGAGAGGAGACUCACUGUUUCUGUCCGAGGAAGCUCAUACCCUCAGCAGAACAUCAGGACAAAUAAAGAGAAAUAGGGGUAUACAUUCCCAACAGAAGCAGUGUGUGAUUUGUUUUAAAACUCCGAACAGAGAUCUUGGAAAUCUUUCAAAAAGAUCAUUGAAUUCUUCAUUGGCUGAGAACUACGUUUUUAAAAAGUCUUAAAUAGGGCUUUGUUUGCAUUGUUUGAGUUCAAGGGGUCUUAUUAUUGAAUGGAAUUGCACAAGCCUUUCUUUGUGCAGUCAAACCAUUGUUAUUGGUAGGUCUGUAAAGGAAACUGUGGAAUCUAAUUGGCAAUGGAGUCAUAAAUCUAUUUACUGAGUAUGGCUUCCAAGAAAUGUUGCAAUUCAAAAUACACUAAGUCCGUGAUUUAUCGGAGAUUUGGAGAUUCUAAAUACUAUUUUUUAAAAACCUUUCCAUGCAAUUUCUGGUUUAACUUUUGGCAACUCAAUAAUAAAAAAAAAAUAAUGAUAAUAAAAAAAAAAAGCCCAACAGAGUUUCAGAAUUAAGUAUUCUCCUAGUAAGUGAUUCAAACUUGUAAUAUUUGCCACAGGACUGACUUAUUUAUUUACUAGCUAGAAGCUCUUAAGCUCACUUGUUUAUCAGGGCAUAUACAGAAGGGUUUGUUAAAACUCGAUGUUGACUUUACAAGUUUCUGACCUGGUGCAUGAAUUCUCAAGUACUGUAAUUUCACUGUGUUAAUGUGUCUGAUGGAAGUUUUGAGGUGGUCCCACAAAAAUAUUUUAUGUAGUGUGCCUUCAAAGAGAACCAUUUAUUUCUCUUCUUCUUCACUUAUUGUCCCACAAAGUCACAUUUGGUGGUGGUCAGCCAAGUCCCAUCCAGUCUAGUUUUACUCUUGUCCCAAUUUUAAAGAGAAAUGGGAACGAUUUCGCCCUGGUGAGACCCACACCAUUGCAAUGAUUAUCUUGAGCACUUAAAGUCCAGUGUUGGCUGUUGGUGUAUUUGAUAUUCUGCUUGUCUCCCCAUGGUUGAAAUAUGUCUGAAGAAUAGCAGCAUAAUCUCUUGGCUGUUUAUACUUUUUUAAACUUUCCUGUGUUGUAAAUAUUGUAUACUUUUGGUGAUUCCAGCUAUGUAACCUCUAUGCUCUGUAAGGUGAUUAUUUGUAUAUAGCAACAUGGCCCAGUGAUAUUAUAUAGUUUCCCAAUGGAGAGGUUAUUGAGUAACCUUUGCAUUAGUUUAAACACUACCAGAAGAAUGCUGAGCCAACUAUAAACACUCAAUUUUGUAUGUUUUCCAAAUUGUACUUAUUACUGCUUUUGAUACUGUAUUACGUGCCAAUAGUUUCCCAAUCACAUAGCAGGCAAGAGAUAUUUUGUACUUUUUGAUCCACUGUAAUAUUUAAUAAAAAAUGUUACUAUCUGUUUC